AUCAGCCGCCCCUCACAUCACCGGAUGGACCCAGUAAUGGGAACCCACCAGAGAGAUGUCCCCGUCCUCUGUAUUCCACACAGAAAGAUCACACCAUCGUACCUAAGGAGCAGGAUGAGGACCUGAUUGAUGUGAAAGUUGAGUGUAAGGAGGAAAAAGAAGAAGCUUAUUCAGGAGAUGCUCUGCAGUCUACGGAGGAGACAGUAUAUGGCCAUGACGUCCAGGAUACACCAAAGACACAUCUUUCAUCAUUUCCAGAAUUGAAUGGUUUUAUGGAGGAGUUUUCAGAAGGACUCAAGGAUCUCUACAAGGACGCCAUUGUGGAGCCAUUGAGUUGCAGAAACCCACCAGAGAGAUGUCCCCGUCCUCUGUAUUCCUGGGAUUCCACACAGGAAGGUCACACCAUUCCCCACCAUCAUCAGUGUAAAGAAAAUAUGGAUAUAAAACCUUGGCUUAAAAAAGAAGAAGAUACACAUUUGGGGGGUGAUCAGCAGUCUAUGGAGGAGGCUGGGAUGAUAGUGACAAUGACAGGGAAGGAGUCUUCAUUCGAUAUCUGCACAGAUGACGUCUCUCAUGUCCAGAACGCCUCAGAGGAACAUCUUCUUUCAUUGGCAGAUAAGGAUGAAGUUGAUGACAUCAUACUACAUUCCUCAGGAGUGCUCUCUCUUAUGCAAAGUAUAACUGAAGGACCUUACCAAGCUGAUCGAUCAAUCGAUCCCUUUAAUCCUAAGGACUCUUCUGAUGAACCGCACACUCUGGUCUCUAAUAUCUACCAACAAAGUGAAACUACAUCACCAGAUUGCGAUUCGUUUGAACCAAAAGGAUCCUCUUCCGAUAAGUCAGAUGACGUCACCCCAAGAGACAGAACAUUUGCUUGCCCUCGAUGUGAAAAAUGUUUCACCACAAGUUACCACCUCGCAGCCCACGAGACGUUACACAGCGGUGAGGCUCGGUUUUCGUGCGUGGAGUGCGGGAAACGUUUUAAAUGGAAAUCAGAACUUUUGAGACACCAAUCGUAUCACACGGGGGAGAGGCCUUAUUUGUGUUCGGAGUGCGGAAGAGCCUUCCGGCUCAAGUCGCACCUUGUGCGCCACCUGAGAAAACACACCGACGAGCGACCCUACUGCUGCUCCGAGUGCGGAAAACGCUUCAGGCAGAUCACCCACCUGAAGUCGCAUCACAGGGUUCACACGGGCGAGACUCCUUUUUCGUGUUUGGAGUGCGGGAAGUGUUUUAAUCGGAAGCACCACCUCCUGUUUCACCAGAGGACGCACACGCGGGAAAUGAUGCACGCCUGUGCGGUCUGCGGGAAGGACUUUAUACAGAAGAAUUCGCUUGUCAAACAUCAGCGAGCCUACAACGGCAGGUGUGCCGAGUACAGAAAAAAUGACGAAGGUCGAGGUACCCAACGGAAACUUCCCGCUGAGGAGAGUCCAUUGUUGUGUACAGAGUGCGGGAAACCCUUUCAAACGAAAUCCGAACUUCAGGUCCAUUGGAGGGGUCACACCGGGGUGGAGCUCUUUCCCUGUUUGGAGUGCGAGAAGUCCUUCGUCAAGAAAUGGCUGCUUAUCAGACACCAGAGGGUCCACACCGGUGAGAAGCCGUUCUCGUGUUCCGAGUGCGGGAAACAAUUUUCACAAAAAGGAAGCCUCAACGACCACAUGAAACUCCACACGGGUGGAAAGCCGUUUUCCUGCCGAGAGUGCGGAAAAUGUUUCACUCAGAAAGCAGUUCUCACCCUACACCAGAAAACUCACAUGGGGGAUCGUCCUUUUUCGUGCUUGGAGUGCGGGAAAUGCUUCAGCCUGAAAAGUCAGCUCCUCAGACACCAACAGUCUCACACAACACGGCACAGUUAUCCAUGUUUAGAGUGCGGGAAAUGUUAUGUGUGGAAAGGAGACCUCCUAAGACACCAGAGAAAACACACUGGCGAGCGUCCUUUCUCGUGUUCGGACUGCCGGAAGUGCUUCACUCAGAAAGGAGAUCUUCAUAGACACCAGAGGAUUCACACAGGCGAACGCCCGUUUUCGUGCUCCGAGUGCGGGAAAUGUUUCCCUCAGAAGGCGAGUCUUCUACGACACCAGAAAAGUCACUCAGGCGAGCUUCCUUUUUCAUGUGCAGAGUGCGGGAAGUGUUUUUUGCUGAAAGCCGGCCUCUUGCGCCAUGAGAGAAUUCACACUGGAGUGCGGCCGUAUUCCUGUUCAAAGUGCGGGAAGUGUUUCAGUCAGAAGGCACACCUCCUUAAACACCAGAGAAGUCUAACGUGCGGACAUUCUUUUCCACACUCAACGUGAGAAACCUUUCAAAAUAAAAUCUGACAAAAACACGACAUCCUAUCCCAUGUGUAGUGGGAACCGCCCACCAAUAAUCAGCCCAGCCAUCAAAUAGGGAAGGUCAGCUUCAGCUUGUCUCCUCCCAAGCCACGCCCCACUGACGCAUUUCUCCCUCCCACAGACUUAAUCACAGAGGUAGUUUCAGAGGCUGACGCAUUUCACUCUCCCACAGGCUUGGUCACAGAGGUAGUAUCAGACACAGACUCAUUUCACCCUCCCACGGGCUUAAUCACAGAGGUAGUAUCGGAGGCUGACGCAUUUCACCCUCCCACGGGCUUAAUCACAGAGGUAGUAUCGGAGGCUGACGCAUUUCACCCUCCCACAGGCUUGAUCACAGAGGUAGUAUCAGUGUUCUAAUUGGCGACAGCAGUGUUGUAGGGUGGCGGCCUCAAGCGGGGCUUGGCCAGCCCACUGAAACAGCCUAUCGGGAGAGAUAGGGAACCGCCCACCAAUAAUCAGCCCAGUCACCAUAUAUGGAAGAUUGUCUUUUCCCAAGCCAUACCCUACUAACGCAUUUCCCUCUCCCACAGGCUUAGUCACAGUGGUAGUAUCAGACACUGACGCAUUUCCCUCUCCCACGGGCUUAGUCACAGAGGUAGUAUCAGACACUGACGCAUUUCGCUCUCCCACGGGCUUAGAUACAGGGGUAGUUUCAGAGUUCUAGUUGGUGACUCCAGUGCUGUCGGGUGCCGGCCUCCAGCAAGGCUUCCCCAGCCCACCGAAACAGAGGGCUGAGGAAGAGGUAGAGGUAGUGAGCUUCACAUCAACAAUCAGCCCAGUCACCAUAUAAGGGAGAUCUGCUUCUGCUUGUCUCCACCCAAGCCAUGCUGGCUGACACAUUUCACCCUCCCACGGCCCUAAUCAGAGGUAGUAUCGGAGUACUGACGCAUUUCUCCCUUCCACGGGCUUAGUCACAGAGGUAGUAUCAGAAGCCAGUGCAUUUCAUCCUCCCACAGGCUUAGUUACAGAUGUAGUAUCAGAGAUAGUAUCAGGCUGACGCAUUUCAUCCUCUCACGGGCUUGGACACAGAGGUAGUUUCAGAGUUCUAGUUGGUGAUUCCAGUGCUGUCGGGUGCCGACCUCCAGCAGGGCUUCCCCAGCCCACCGAAACAGAGGGCUGGGGAAGAGGUAGAGGUAUGGAGCCGCACAUCAAUAAUCAACCCAGUCACGUUAUAUGGGAGAUCGGCUUCCGCUUGUCUCCUCCCAAGCCACUGACACAUUUUACCCUCCCACAGGCUUAGUCACAGAGGUAGUAUCAGAGUACUGAUGCAUUUCACCCUCCCACAGGCUUAGUCACAGAGGUAGUAUCAGAUACUGACGCAUUUCAUCCUCCCUCAGGCUAAGUCACAGAGGUAGUAUCAGAGUUCAUACACAUUUCACCCUCCUAAGGGCUUAGCCACAGAGGUAGUAUCAGAGGCUGGUGCAUUUUCACCCUCCCACGUGCUUAGUUACAGAGGCAGUAUCAGAGUUCUAGUUGGUGACUCCAGCGAUGUCGGGUCCGGCCUCCAGCAGGGCUUCCCCAGCCCACCGAAACAGAGGGCUGAGGAAGAGGUAGAGGUAGUGAGCUUCACAUCGACAAUCAGCCCAGUCACCAUAUAAGGGAGAUCGGCUUUCGCUUGUCUCCUCCCAAGCCACACUGGCUGACACAUUUCACCCUCCCACGGGCCUAGUCAGGUAGUAUCAGAGAACUGACACAUUUCACCCUCCCACGGGCCUAGUCAGGUAGUUUUAGAGAACUGACGCAUUUCUUCCUCCCACAGUCCUUAGCCACAGAGGUAGUUCUCUGCAUGCUGGUUUAUUUGGAGACUUCAUAUGCUGGUUGAACUGUUCUAAAAAAGAUGUAUUCUCAUGCCCAUGGAAAAUACUAUAAUAAAACGUUUGUAUUCAAA